CGCUUUGCGGAGCACGCCACGCGCCAUGAGCGAACGCAAGCGCUGUGGAAGCUGCUCCAAAGAGAUCGUGGGGAGGGGGUUGUGCGUGGAAGCCGUUUACUUCCAUCCGGACUGCUUCUGCUGCGACAAGUGCCAAAAACCGUUGACCGGGAAAUUUCACAAGCAGGAUGGCCAGCGGAUCUGCGAGGCUUGCAAGGGCUACUCCUACUGCGAGGCAUGUCGCAAGCGAAUUGAAGGGAAGGAGACGAGAUCGGAAGGCAGGGUAUGGCACCCCGAGUGCUUCAAGUGCACCCACUGCGAGCAGCCCAUCGUGGGAAGUUUCUGUCGCAUCGAUGGGGCCCUGACCUGUGUCGCGUGCCGCGACGCGCUGACGGAGAAGCCGAAGCCCAAAGCGUCACCGGAAGAGCUUCCGAAGUGCAGAGGCUGCAAGCAGCCCAUUGAGGAGGAUGAGUCCAGCAUUCUGGCGGACAAGAGGGACAUGUUCCAUGAACGCUGCUUCAAGUGCAGGAAAUGUGCCAAAGCCCUGAACUCCUACGUGAUCCUGGAGGACCGCAAGUUCAGCUACCAGGACUGCCCCUACUUCUGCGACAGCUGCGCCACCGCCGAACGCGCCGCGGCCCGGGCCGCGGACGCAGAGCGCGCCGCAGCCCAGGAGGCCGCCGGCGCUGCCACGUGCGCAGCGUGUGGCGGGGCGUGUGGCGCGAACUCGGAGGAGGAUGCCUUCCAACUACUGGACGGUCGCGUUCUGCACGUGAGCUGCUUCAAGUGUUCCAAAUGUGGAGCAACGCCUCUGGCGAAUGGAACGGGAACUUUGCAGAUGCCCUUGCUGCGCAGCAAAGUGGAGGCCCUGCUGCGGGGGGAAUAUCUCUGCAGCGCCUGUGCUCCAGAUCCUGCUCCCAAUGGUUACCCCAAGGAGGCCAAAAGCGAGGCCAAAACGCCGCCAAAAUUGGAGGAGGAGCCGACGGCGCCCAAGGAAGUGCCGGCACCAGCACCAGCAGUUCCAGCAGUCCUGCCCGCCCGUUGCGGUGAACCCAUGACGUUGGAAGAGCUUCGAGAUGCAGACAUUUGGAAAGCACGAGGCAUCGACGCCAGCAGCCGGGAACAGAUGCUGAGCGAUGCAGACUUUCAGACAGCUUUUGGUGUGACCAAGGAGGAUUUCGGAAAACUGGCUGGAUGGAAGAGGGCCCAGAAGAAGAGAGAGCUGGGGCUCUUUUGACGCCUGUUGUCAGAGAUGCACCAGGUUGUUGGUGCUGAUAUAUGCACCGCAUCUGAAGAUAAAAAGGACUUGCCUUGGCAACGUCUCAAGCCCCAAGCGUUUGUGAGUUCUGAGCAGUUUGUUUCUUCGGCAGAGAAGUAUGCAUAGAAAGUUUGGCUUCAAUCUUCACGAAAUCUGGCUCUUCGGUGCGCUGUUUGUGCGGGCUGACGCGCUGUGGUGGAGAUGAAUUAGGGCUCCUUUGUCAGGAGCCUUUCGGCAAUCUCCCGUUACAAUGGUCAUGGGAGCGAGCCGGAGGAAACAAAGGUAAGGCCUAUCCGUAUCCUGCAAACGCAGGGGAUGACAUUUGUUCACCCGCGAGGGUAAAA